UGUGUUGACUGAUUUUGUUUUGUGUGUUUUCAGCUAUGGAAUACCACGAGAACCUGCACAGCAAUGCAGCCAAAGAAGGUCUUAAAGGGAGGAAGCUGCAGAAGGCCGUGGAGAACUUCACCUGGAACAUCACCAUUCUGAAGGGCCAAGCCGAUCUGCUCAAACACGCCAAGAACGAGGUGCUGGAAAACCUAAAGCAGAUCCAUUACGCGGCCCUCACGUGUGAACUGGGAAGGAUGAACGUCGGGGCCGGCGAAUCGUCGAGGGGACGGCGCAGCUUGGAGGUCAUUCCCGAGAAGGCGGCGGGGGAUGAGGAGGCUGCCGAGAGUUAGUGGCCGACCACGUCACAGCGGCCUGAGAACAUCCAAGAUGAGGCUUCAAAAUGCACUUAUAAUGGAAAACAAGAAAGAGAAAGGAACACUGCCCGCAGCUGCCCACCCAGAACGGCAGUUUGCUCUUUUUGGCAGUUGGCUGAUCUUAAAGCACAAUGUGAAGGAUGUCCAACAAUCUGAAGCAACUGGAGGAGUGAAUGUAGCGCCAGGAAGUGUGAAACGUAGCUAUUUAUAGAGAUGGACAUCUCGAUGUUCGUUCUGCCAAGCCUGUGUGUAUAUAAGGAGUUUUAAUGUUAUGACUUUAUGUGCAUUCUGAUUUUAUUUUUUUGUUUGUUUUGUUUUGUUUUACAGGAUUUGUUUCAGGUUUAGUGAGAAAGCUGCUUUUUAAAAAAACAAAACUGUAUUUUAGAAGGGUCAAAUCCACCGAAGCAAACUCCCACCCACACGUAUAGAUAGAUAGAUAGAUAGAUGUAUAAAUAGAGUUAUUACAAAUUCAAAGUGUAUGGAAAAGAUCAUUGGAGGAAACAAAACGCCACGUAGUUCAUUAAGCCAUCUCUCCAGUCCAACCAGUCCAUAAAGAGAACAGAAUAUCCAGAGGGGCCGCGGCCGGAGACAUCGCUGCUUCUAGGGUACUGCCAAGUCGAGCUGAUGGCAUCCUGUGUGGCUGUUUGGGUGGAAACUGAGAAGAGCUGCUAGGUGGUCUGUCAGAGCCUCAGCAGCUCAGCCCGACGAGAAAGAAAGAAAGAAAAGCUAAACAGAAAGUGCCUCAUUGCUCGUCCUUUGCAGAACAGACCCCCCGCGGCGUGGCGCUGAUUGGUUGCCGCCGCUCCUCUGCGUUUAUCACCCGCUCCGUGGUCGGCCGUAGGUUUGCUGUCUUGUCUCCGAGAUUAGGUCAGAGUAAGGGUAGGACGUCAGCCUCUGUUUGCCAUCCAGUGUCCCAGACGUCGACCCGUCAUCAUGUGGUUGAAACCCCUUUAACUUUGUGCAGUGGACUUAGUCUGUACAUAGAGCAGAUGAGAACCAUUUACAGUAGCCGGUUAUGAAGGCCAAUUUGCUGCAGUUUCAUGCUUUCUUCUAUUCUGUUUUAUCCAGAUUUACAUAACAAAAUGCAAAUAAAUCUCCAUCAAAGGUG